CUGGCAGUGUGGGGUCCGCAGCAGCAGCAGCAGCAGGGGGAGGUGGGGCAGCUGUGGCAGCUGCAGUUGUCACUACGGGUGCCGGGCACCCACUCGGCGGCAGGAGGCGGAGGAAGCAGGGGCGGAGGCGGGGGCGGUUGCAGGUGCCGGUUCAGUGUCACUCGGGACGGGGCAUACAUUUGCGUGGGCAACCCCUCGGGUGACGUGUAUGUGUACGACAGCGGCACUGGCGCCCGUGCAGCGCACCACAGCGCCGCCAAGAUGCGGGGGCCGGUGCGGGCUGCGGCGCUGUCGGAGGACGGGAGGCACCUGCUGGCGGUGCACGGGAACGGAUACAUACUCAGGUACGAGUACAUCCGUAAACAACAACGAGAGAGCGCCGCAGCGGCUGCAGCUGCGGCUGCUGCAGCAGCAGCGGCUCCUAACGAGGGUGAGGGCGCAGGUGCGGGCGGCGGCCCCUCAGCUGCAGAUGGGGAGGGGGACGCGGGCGGUGCAGAGGGGGACAUGGACACGGACGCAGAUGCGGGUGCAGGUGAAGGGCCCAGCUCGCGAGGGGUUACUCCGGAGGACGGGAUGGUGGCUGGUGCUAGCGCAUCCGCGGG